UAUGAUUUAAGUGUCUGAAGUUACUUUACAAGAAGCAUAGGCAAAAAAAGAAGAGGGCAAUAAGUUCUUUGCUGAAAAGAAGUAUGAUGAAGCUAUUAAAUGCUAUUCUGAAGCUGUUGGUAUUUUGUAUGAAUUAUCUAUGACUAGAUCAUAAUCCUAAUGAACCUAUAUUUUAUUCCAAUAGGGCUGCUUGUUAUUUAGCAUUAAAAAAAUACAAGUAAGCUUUAGAUGACACAGAAUAAGCAUUAAAAAGGGAUUCAAAUAACGUAAAAACAUUGAGAAGAAAAGCAAUUGCUCUUUAAAAUUUGGGAAGAUUGGAAGAAAGUGUAAAUUCACUUAAUGCAGCUUUGUAAAUUACUCCAAGUGAUUAAUCAUUGAAAUAAGAGUAUUUGACAGCUUAAUAAGUAAAAUAAUAAAUUUAAAUUAGACUUGUUAAAGCUAUUUGGAAGGUUUGAAAUAAAUUCAAAAUGAAGAUUAUUAAAAGGCCUUAUAUUAAUUUUAAUAAGUUAUAUAAGUUUGUUAACAAUCUCUGGAAAUUUAGAUAUUAUUUGUUGAAUGUUUAGCUAAAUGUGGUGAAAAUGACAGAGCUAGUAAAUGGUUAAUGCAAAUUUAAAGUGAACAUGGAACAACUCCUGAUGUUUAUUAUUUAAAAGGAAUUAUUGAUUUAUAUAAUGGAAAUAGUGAAAGAGCAAAGAAAAUAUUAAUUGAUGGUAUGAAAGUUGAUCCAGACAAUAAAAAGUGUAGAGAAGCAUUAAAGAAAGCAAGAAAAUGUGAAGAAUUAAAAGAGAAAGGAAAUCAAUUACUAUAAGAAGUCAAAUUAAAUGAUGCCAUUGAAUGUUAUACUGAAGCAUUGAGUGUUGAUCCAUAUAAUCGUAAAAUUAAUUCAAUUAUAUAUGCCAAUAGAGGAUUAGGUAUAAAAUUAAAUUCAAUUUAGUUAAAUAAAAAAUGAAUUAACAUAAAGAGGCUAUUGAAGAUUUUACUAAAUCUAUUGAAUUGAAUCCCUAAUACUAUAAAGCUUUAAUGAGAAGAGCUGAAUCAUAUGAUAAAUUAGGAUAAUUUGGAGAAUCAGCUCAUGAUUAUUAAUAAGUUAUAUAAAUUGAACCAUCUUUAGAAUAGGAAAUGGCAUAAAAAUUAAGAGAAGCUCAAAAGAAAGAGAAAUUAGCAAAAAAGAAAGACUAUUAUAAAAUAUUAGAAGUUGGUAGAGAUGCAACAGAAAAUGAAAUUAAAAAAUCUUAUAGAAGAUUGGCUUUAUUAUGGCAUCCUGAUAAAUUGAAAGAUAAAGAUGAAGAAACAAAAGUAAAAAAAUAAUUAAUAACAAAUUAUAGUAAAUUGGAUAAUAGAAGUUUAGAGAUAUAGCUGAAGCAUAUGCUGUCUUAUCUGAUAAGAAAAAGAAGGAUCUUUAUGAUUCAGGAGUUGAUCCUAAUGAUUAAAAUGGUGGAUUUGAUGGAGGUGUUGAUCCCUCUUAAGUUUUCUAAAUGUUUUUCGGUGGUGGAGGUGGUUUCUAAUAAUUCCCAUUUGGGGGAGGGGGAGUUCGUUUUGAAUUUAGAUGAA